GAGAGACAUCUACAAGACUACAACCCCCUCUUGGUCACAUCCUUCUAAAAUCAUACAUGUUAGACAUGGGAUCAGACCCAUAUUCAGAAUGCAGUUUCACUGCCUUCUUCAACAACAAGAACAACAACAAAAUACAAAGGCGGUUCACCAACCAACAGAUCGAAUCACUCGAGACCAUUUUCCAGACCGAAUCCAAACUCGAACCUCGUAAGAAGUUGCAGCUAGCUAAAGAUCUUGGACUACAACCGCGGCAGGUAGCAAUUUGGUUUCAAAAUAAGCGAGCUCGAUGGCGAUCAAAGCAAUUAGAAAAAGACUACAACAUACUAAAAGCUAGUUUUGAUUCGCUUUCUUCGCGAUACGACCUCCUCAAUAGAGAGCAUCAGUCAUUAACCCACCAGGUGAAUAAGCUACGUGAAGGGAUUGAGAAGAAAGCAAAAAGCUGUAGCACAGGGGAAACUUCAAACAAUUCAAUGGAAGAGAAGGUGUCUGAUGCUGACAGCAACAUGAAACAAGAAUAUAUUGAAGAUGAGAAAAUGAAUAAUAAUAAUAAUAAUAAUAUGGGUUUUGUGGAGAAUUGCAAAAAUGUGGAGUGUUGGGAUGAUUUGGAGUGUGAUCAAUGGUGGGACCUUUGGUCUUAAAUUAUAUGGAGUUUCUUGAUAUGUAAAUCAUUUUAUGUACAAUAAGGAUGGAUCAUGGAUGAUAAUCUAUUAUGAUGAUGAUUCUUAGGUUAAGCCUUGAGGGGAUGUCAUAAUUACUUACAUAUACAUUUAGUAAAUAUAAGAUCAUGUUGGAUAUUAACCAACUAACUUUCUUUGAUU